AUGUCCAAGGAUACAAUUAGAGUUGUCGUGUGUGGUGAUGAAGGUGUUGGAAAGUCCAGCUUAAUAACAGCUCUCAUCAAAGACACAUUUGUUCCAAAUAUUCAAUCAGUUCUACCGGCUAUCACAAUACCCAGAGACUUUUCAUCAUCCCCUUACUCCCCAAAUUCCACUGUGUUGAUUGAUACGAAUUCUCAAGAUGUUCCAGCGCUUCAAAAAGAAAUCAGAAAAGCUGACGUUAUAUGGUUAGUCUAUAGUGAUCAUUACACCUAUGAACGUAUCUCACUAUAUUGGAUGAAUAUCUUCAGAUCCAUGGGUGUUAAUCUACCAGUUGUGCUAUGUGCAAACAAGUCAGACUCUCAAACGUCAUUAGAUUCAGAGAGAACCAUUUCAGAUGAGUUUAUUCCUAUUUUAAAAGAGUUUAAAGAAGUUGAAUCAUGUAUUAGGUGCAGUGCCAAAGAAAAAUACAAUGUUAGUCAGGCUUUCUAUUUAUGUCAGAGAGCUGUAACACAUCCUGUUUCACCAUUGUUUGAUGCCAAAGAAGGUAAUUUGAAACCUGCUGCCACGGAUGCCUUAGCUAGAAUUUUUUUCCUAUGCGAUAAAGACCAAGAUGGUUUCUUGAACGAAGAUGAAUUUCUCGCUUUACAAAGAAAAUGUUUUGGUAGAAGCUUGGAUAUAAAUGAUUUAGCAGAAAUAAGGGAAACAGUAAAUCAAGUUAAAGCUGGAUGUUUUGGUGAACGUGGUUUAACUGAAGAUGGUUUCAUUAUAUUGAAUAAAAUCUUUGCUGAAAGAGGACGACACGAAACUACAUGGGGUAUAUUGAGAACUUUCCAUUACACAGAUUCAUUAUCAUUAAAUGAUAAAUUUCUUUAUCCCAAAUUGGAUGUUCCAACUAAUGCAAGUGUUGAAUUGAGUCCAAUUGGUUAUAGAUUUUUCGUUGAUUUAUUUUUGUUAUUUGAUAAAGAUAAUGAUGGUGGGUUGAACGAUGCUGAACUAGAGUCAUUAUUCAGACCUACCCCAGGUAUGCCUCAAGAAUGGGUUGAAACUAAUUUCCCACAAAGUACAGUUAGAAACGAACAAGGUUAUGUUACAUUACAAGGAUGGCUAGCUCAAUGGAGUAUGACUACAUUUUUGGAUUAUAAAACAACAUUGGCAUAUUUGGCAUAUUUGGGAUUUGAAAGUUCAACAAGAAAUGGAGGAACAACGACAGCUUUAAAAGUUACAAAGCCUAGAAAGGAAAGAGUUAGAUCUGGGAAAAACUAUAGAGUUCCUGUCAAUGAUCGUACUGUUUUCAAUUGCUUUGUUCUUGGAGGAUCAGGAAGUGGUAAGUCUUCACUAUUAGAAGCAUUUUUAGGAAGACAAUAUAGUGAAGUUUAUAAUCCAACUAUAAAAGCAAGAAUCGUGGUGAACAGUGUUGAAUUGAAAGGUGGGAAACAAGUAUAUUUGGUUUUGGAGGAACUGGGUGAAUUAGAACCAGCUAUAUUGGAUAAUCAAUCUAAAUUGAACAAAUGUGAUGUUUUGUGCUUAACUUAUGAUUCAUCAGAUCCUAAUAGUUUCCAUUAUUUAGUGGAAUUGGCUUCAAAGCAUCCAUUGAUUUCAAGUGUUCCAACAAUCAUAGUUGCUUUAAAAGCAGAUCUUGAUAGACAGCAACAAAGAUUUGACAUCCAACCUGAAGAAUAUACAACUUCUUUGAAUAUACCACCUCCAUUACAUGUCUCAUCAACUUGGCCAAGUUCUUUGACAGAAUUAUUUGUUCAGUUGGUUGAAUCUUCCCAUGUUCCAAGUUUGGCAACCCCAGGCUUGGAGCCAGAAGUUAAAUCUGAUAAUUUACAAAACGUUGUUCUUGCAACAUCAGCUGUUGGAUUCAUGAGCAUAAUAACACUUUGGAUUUGGAAAAUGACUCUUCAACAAAAAGGUGCUUGA